AUGCAUUUUCCUCCAAAGCUGAAACACAAGCUUUCUCUCAAGGCACUCUGCAUACUUCCCCUGCUGAGAGGGUGCCUAUUCGAUGGGUGCAGGGAUCACAAACAAGGCUCAGGUUUUGUGACCAGAAUCUGGAACCUGAGUGACAGGCCGAUCGAGCUCCAGGUUCGAGUCGGGUCGAUCCUGAAAAAGGUUCACACUUUGAAGACAGGGUCCUCAAAAAGGCUCAAUUGCAAGAGCAUAUACAAGGCCUACAUGCCAGGUGGUCGUCAUGGCGGCGGCUGCGGCAAUGGUGGAGGGAUGAGGAAUCUGUUGUAUUACUAUGAUCAUGAUGAGGCGUGCCAGCCGUACAUAUGGGUCCAUGAUGCAGGUGGGGAUUUUAGCAGGGUGGUGAAGCAGCAGUACUUGAGCUUGGAGGAUUUGAGGGAGUGUUGUGAGAUUCGGGUACUUAGGGAUGAACAACGUGGGUGCAUUGCUGUUAGGAAGAAGCCUAGGCCUGAUUCCUGCUGA